CUGAGUUCAAAGGUCAGACAGAGCUAGUGUACGCUUACUCAACUGACAGGAGGAAAGGGAAGACCACCAUUAUCCUAAUAGAAAAGACACACAUAAUCGAACUAUAUACAUAAAAUUCAAGGGAUGAUCAUAGCGUGAAGAAGAGUGCCGAACGCACACCGAGCACUGUUUCAAAAGAGUUUGCGUCGUCUAUUCAGUAUUAGCUAUACUUGCAAAGGCUACCGAUACAACUAAUCUUUCAUUAUGCAGUGCACUCGUAGGUUGAUAAUGAGCAGUGUAAGAUGUACCGUGAAAGGGAUGCGAUCAACACAUACUUUAUUUAAGGGAAACCAGCUUGCGAUGGGAAGCAUGACCACACGCCGUCACAUACCCUUUUAUUGCGGCGAGAUUUUGAUGAGACAGGGUAGAUACGUCAGGCCACGAUGUUUGCAUGUACAGGGAAGGGGCAAUUGUCAAAGUGUAAAACGAUGUAUUAACCAGUAUGAAUAUAUCAGAAUCCUUGAUUGUAUUACACCCGGCUCUUCUAUUUCAUAUCGCAUGCUGCACACAUCCACAACAAAUUCAAGAGAAAAUAUAUGCAUCGCUACUGAAGAUAAACGCUCACAAGCAUUCACGAGCAUGAAUAUUGAUCAAGCGGAAGAUCUGGACAAACUUACGAUGCUCGAUAUGAUUGAUGACUUGUGCGUACCGAUAGAUGGAACUGACAAACAGGUUGGAGUGUCUCAAACAUCGGGACACGGUGCAACGUUUAAUAGUAGACAUGUGCUCAAGGAUAACAUUCAUAUAAACAAGGAAAUCAACAAGAGAUCUGCAGAGAUAGAUAUAGAAAAUCAUAAAGCAUGUUCUGGCGGAAUACCGCCUCCGAAGGUUGAACCAGAAGUUUAUAAAGGCGGGAAAAAAGAACGGCGAGCAAUCGAGGGAGCUAUUCAGUUUGCAUUGAAAAACCAAAACCUCGACCGCGCGGCCAUGUUGUUUACGAAAGCGAAUAAGAAGAAUUUACGCCUUAGUACUCGGACGUGUAAAGAGGCGAUGCGAAGAUUCUAUCAGGCACAGAAACACCAGGAAGUACUUGGAGUUGAACCUGUUCUGACGAGGGAGAAGCUGAAGUGCGACACUGAGAUGUAUCUGUACUUGCUCGAAGCACACUCUCGCAACAGCAACUGGCCGCAAACGAUCGUCUUCCUGGGUGAGAUGAUUGCAUUGAAUGUGCCCAGGAAUGACCGCAUCUAUCUCGCCGUGUCCAAGACCUGCUUGGCAGCCAAGGAGCGCCAGAAGAUGUUCACGGUGCUGCAGCGUGGCAUCGAUGAUACGGCUGGCUUGGAUGCCUUUGUCCCCAAGUACCUCAUAAAUAAAGGGGCCGAGAUGGGCGAACUGGACGUGUGCGAUGCACUGUAUGAGUACAUGGUGCAAGCGCACCACUGGCGUGCGUGGAUUAACCUCAAGCACGACGGGCUGCUAGAUCUGCACUCUCACACCACCGCCAUGGCCGAGGCCGCGGUCAGAAGGGUUCUGCGACUGAUGUUAAACCGACGGUACAAGCGCACCAGGGGACCACUCUGGCAGUUGCAGACGCCAGAGCAACAAGCCCGGGCAGAGGCCAUGUCGGCAACCCAGGACGCCUCCCAGGGAUUCUCGAGCUCACGUACAAUUGAGAAGUACCAUCCAUUCGAUGCGUUUGUGGUGGGACAGCCGCGGGCGUCCAGUCCGCCGUCGCAGAAGUCGCUGCGAAGAGCCGUGCAAAACUAUCUAGUGCACGCUGUAUCCCCGCCGAUCAGGACGUACACGCCCGAGGAGAAGGCUGGCUAUCUGGCUAUGGAUGCGGAUGACUUGGCUGGGUGGUUGGCCAGACAAUGAAGGCCACGGCCGGUUGGUCGCUACUAGAAAAACUACCGGAUGAUUUAGAUUGCGAGGUGUGAUGGCAAGACGGAAAUGGGCUAGACCAAUUAUGCUGAUAGACCAAUAUGCUGAAUUAAUCCGGAAUGUAGUAUCUCACUUGUGACAGACGGUGAGCCCAAUAUGGCUAGAGCGGUAUGGCUAGACCUUCGCUGCUGGCUGUGCUCAAUUGUUAUUGCAAGCAUCCUAUAGUACCUUUGAUAGAAACGUAUCAUCCAUAAGAAGGUCAGCUAGUUGGCCUUGGUUGUUGAUCACCCGACAGAUUACAUGGCCAGUUUAUAUAUGACUAGGCGGGAAAAAUGCUAGUUUCGCGGUAAAGAGUCAUGAUCGAUUGCAAUUUAUUUAAACAACACCGACUCGGUUGAGGCCAGGAUUGUGAAUCAGACCAUAAUGCAAUACACUAUAGGGCUGAACAGCAUUACUUGCUCAUGCCAGGCCUUUGCCGAUGGUAUAGUGCUGGUCGUGUCUACUCCCAGGAGGCCGCUACUUGCAUAGCACUAGCCAGUAUGCGCUAGAAAGCACUGUGGAAGCAAUGCGAUCAUGGUCCCUUGAGUGCGGAAGUGCAGGGCUGGACAAUAAAACUACAAUAGUGCUGAACGGGGCGAGAGGAACAGUUCAGCAGUACAAACAAAUCAGACAGCAAAUCAGACAGCGGUAUUUCACUAUGCUUUGGUGGAUUUUAGAUAUGUCAGGCUUUAGUUAUAAGAGUACAAACAAAUCAGACGACGGUAUAAAAAAUCAGACAUCGGUACUUCACUAUGCUUUGGUGAAUAUUAGAUAUGUCAGGCGUUAGUUGUAAGCACGAUGCACCGGCUGAUGGACAAGAAAUCGAGCUACAGCAGGGCUUACCAUAUACAAGAGAUACUUGUGAGAGAUCUUAAGAGUUUGGACUACAUCUGCACGUCACUGGAGAGUGGAUAAACCGAUACAUACCUCAGAGUGUUGUACACAUAGCCAUAUAUACGUAUAUUGAUGACACUCUAUUGGUCGGUAUGCAUGUGUCUAGAUUUACAGCUCGCAGUUCCACUACGCCUGAACCAUACAAUAGGAUGUAAGUUCACCAAGCACGGUGCUGUUCAGCAUGGAUUGGAGUUGCAAAUUAAAGUCACAUUUCCUUCAUUAUUGUAUAUG